UUGGCGGCAGCAUCGGCGGAGCUUGCCGCGAAAAACACAUCUAUUCCCCUUCUUUCCUCUUCCCCCAUUCACUCGCUCCCCAAAUCAGAGACGGCGGAGAGGAGAGGCCUCACUCCCAAUCGCCUCGCCGGCCCUCCGCCGGUCUCCGGGGCGAUCCCCGUCCGAAUCCCUCCCGUCCUGCUCCUGCGGCCGCAGUGCGCGAUGUCGGCGGCGGCGGCGGCGGCCAUGGCAGAUGAGUUGGAGGCGACGCGGCAGAAGAAGAGGAGGAAGAAGCACAGGGAGCGUGCGGAGGUCGCGGCGGCUUCCUCAGAGUCUCCUCGACCUCCGGCGACUCCUGAUUCCAUGCCGGAGUCCCCGGCCCCAAUCGCUCCCGAAACCCUAACCUCGACGGCGGUGGCGGCGUGCAAGGGGGGCAAGAGGAAGAAGCAGGAGGUAGCGGCGGCAUCUCCAUUGGUGGAGGCGGCCGUGCGGAAGGAGGAGAGAAAGAAGCACAAGAGAAGCAGGUAUCAGGAGGAGGCGGCUACCCCAUCGCCCUCCGCCCCUGCCACCGCCGCCCAAAUCUUGGAGAUGGCCGCGGCGAGGAAGGAGCAGAGGCGGGGUAAGGUGGAGCAGGGGCAAUCCUGCCAGGCGCUAUUACCCGUGGAUGUCCAUCCCCAAGGCAGAGGGGUAGCAGCAGCCGGUGGUGGUGUUAGUGUUAGUAAGAGUGUAAAGAGGUGCAGUGGUGGCAAGAUCCCAGUGCUGAGUGACCGCGAGAUCCUCAGGAUAAGAAGAAUUGAGUUGAGGAAGCAACAGCCAAUGCCCGAAAGCUUCGUCCCCGCCAUGGCUAAUCCCAAUCCCAUUUAUCAGGACUCCAAGUAUUCCUCUCCUUUUGGUGCAUUCUUUGACCAGUUCUGCUACAAGCCUGACCGCCAGGAAGGUCUCAAUGCUCCGUCUCUUCCGAAAACCCCUGAUCGUCCAGCCAGGCCGCUUCCUCGAGAUCACCCGCCAUCUCUGUCUACUCAGCUCACUGCAAACGAGACCUUCAUGGCUGCCAAGACAACGGCAUCGAACACAAAACAACCACACUCAGCAUCAGUCUUAGGUCCACAAGAAGUAAAGGUAAAAGAAAAGGAAAGGUCUGACAAGAAAAGUAGUGAGACGAAGAAGUCAAGAAAAAAAUCACCAUUGCUUAGUGCUGCCGAGAAGCGGUCAGACAAGUAUCGCCGCCUGCCACUGAAUCAGCUGGUGCGUCCGCCGCGUUCCCAGUAUAACCUCCUGCAGGAGAAGUACGCAUCUGACCCCUGGAAGGUCAUUGUAAUAUGUAUGCUUCUCAACUUAACAAAAGGAGAUCAGGUUAAGAAGAUAUUGAAGGGCUUCUUCAAACGCUAUCCUGAUGCUCAGACUGCAUAUACAGCUGAUCCUGAAAUGAUGGCAAAGUAUCUAGCACCUCUGGGAUUGCAGCGUGUGAAAGCAAACAGGAUCCAGAGAUUCUCUAAGGCUUAUGUUGAAGAGGAAUGGACCUACAUUACAGAGCUUUGUGGCGUUGGCAAGUAUGCAGCUGAUGCUUAUGCAAUCUUUUGUGCUGGAAGGGCAACAGAGGUGGUUCCAGAAGAUCACAUGUUAGUUGUUUACUGGAAGUUCGUCUGUAAGUUAAGCUUAACUCAGGCAUGGCAGAACGAGCAGGAGGCUGCAGGAGCAGACUAGGCUGGGGAACUUUUGCUCCUGAGUUGCACCAAAUCGCUGUUAGCUGUUGAAAUCGAAAGACAGUUACAUGGUGGUGUCAGCGCAAAUGCUUUUGAUGUUUUGAUUUGCAUCAUAAUGUUAUAUGGUGCUGUGUCAGCUAGCUCUUAGCAUUUAGCUGAUUAUUGAUAGGCUACUGCCUGUAACUAAGCUUAAGCUGCUAGUUUAACUUGGUCGAAAUGGAAGGCUUAUGGUAACCAUUGCCAAGUUUGGUGGGAAUUGUAUGUCAUGUCAUGCAUGCA